AUAAUAUCAUAAUUAUGGUUUUUUUCGUAAAUCUUGGUUUUCAUAGAAUAGAUCUAAGUGAAUACCCAUCAUGUACAAAAUAAUUCACCUUCCUAUAGAUUAUAGUAUCCAUGUGUAUCUCUCCGGCUUAUCAUUUAACAUAUGUUCCUUGUUAUCAUGGCCAAAUUCUUGAACGUGAGUUAAAAAAACUAAACAGCUAGUUUUAUCGUAAACGGUGUCGUUUUUUCCUUGGUCGGGUCGUUUACCACUCUGUCUCUUGUAUCUUCAAUUCUUCAUUGCGAACGCGAUACAAAUUUUUACAAUCAACUCAUACCUACGCUAACCGUACGAACAGCCAUCAUGUCAUUGUUUAGGUACACGUAUUACGAUACUCCGGACGGAAAAGACCUCAUAAAAAAACUAUUCUACACCAACAAACAAAUGUCCAUCAUUGGAUUCGGGCUAGCGACAUCAGAAAUCAUACUGGUCAGCAAGCCUUUUGGAUAUCUGAACACCGCAUACAGAUAUGGCCAGCUGAUGGGCCCAAUGUUCGCUGCCACAACGACGUUCUGUGUAGUAACGCACAUUGCCACCAACUUACGUCAAAAAGAUGAUGAGUUGAACUAUGCUAUUGGCGGUUUCUCUACCGGUAUACUGACGGGUAUAUUGAUAAAACAAAAAAUGAUUGGUUUUUGGAUGGCAGUCACGAUGGCGAUAGUUGGUGCAACCAAGAAACAUUCAAAGCUUAACAAUUAUGAAUUCUAUCCUACUUUUCCUAAAGUUCGUAAACCAAUAUACGGAGAUUUCAGAACACCAUACAAUGAUUGGACUCUGUAUGAGUAUCGACCAAAAGGAUGGAUAGCUGCCGAAGAACGAAAGCAAUAAAUUAAAUGAAAGUAUACCAACAGCAGUUCAUACAAUAAGUACGUGAGUUUACAAUUUAAGUAGUUACGAAAUAUUCUUGUAAUAUGUUUUAUUUGUUAUAUAUAGUGUUUGAUUUGAAUUACAAAUACAUAUUGAUAAAACUUAA